AAAUUUGGUCUGCUCAGGAUUUGUAGUUUUGUGGGACUGGGAUUCGAGGAAGUGUCUUGAAUGGGGUGUUUCUGAGAUAAAUUCUAGACUCUACAAAUGGAAAAUGGGAUUUAAACGUGAAAUAUUGAUAUUACUUUCUUUAAUUGGAAUUUUACCUGAGUUAAUAAAAGGUCUAGAAAUCAAUGAAGGGGAAACACUCUCGUUGACUUGUCCACGAGCAUCUAGGCGACUUCCAGUGGUAUGGCGGGGACCUCCAAAUCUAGCGAGAUACACGCGAGGAUUAAUUGUUGAUAUCGACCUUCCCGCAGAGUUACGGUCUCGAAUAUCACUCAAUGGUGACCAUGGGAGUGGCCUCUAUAACUUGCAAAUCGAUGAUGCGCGGAAAUCGGACAGCGGCGAGUAUCGAUGCAAGAUUGGCUCCAGGGAGAUACGUACCGUAACUGUCCGCGUAAAAACUCAAGAGGAGCAAAACCAGGGCCUGUUUCCGUACAUUCUCAACUUGGCCACACGGGCUAGAAUCUCGGCUAACGCAACAUGCGGGCAGGACAGACCAGAAUAUUCCUGUAAACUGGCCCAACAUGUGGACUUGAAUCCUCAGGUCAGCCACUGCGACUACUGUAACGCGCGUGCAGGGGAGGGCAGGCCAACGGAGAUCGGAGAGGCCCACCCGAUUACAAACGCAAUCGACGGCAGCAACAAAUGGUGGCAAAGUCCCUCGAUCAGUAACGGCUGGGAGUACAACUAUGUCACAAUUACACUGGAUCUUGGCUUGAUCUACCAAGUAGCCUAUGUCGUAGUGAAGGCAGCCAACUCCCCUCGCCCAGGAAACUGGAUUCUCGAAAAAUCAAUUGAUGGUGUCAAAUACGAGCCCUGGCAGUUCUUCGCGAGCACAGAUGAUGAUUGUCAGAGGGUUUAUAAUAUACCAGCCCUCCAGGGAAAGCCCUCGUAUGACUACCUUCGUGACGAUGAAGUUCGUUGUACUUCUUACUUCUCCAAACUGAACCCGCUAGAAAAUGGAGAGAUUUUCAUCUCGUUGACCAAUGGCAGACCAGGAAUCUUCGUACCAAGCAAGACACUUCUGGAAUUCACAUCAGCAAGGUAUGUCCGCCUGAGGAUGCAGAAAAUCCGAACCCUGAAUGCCGAUCUGAUGAGCCUCCAGUCUCGGGACCCUCGUAAUCUUGACCCCUCAGUCACAAGAAGGUAUUUCUACUCCAUAAAGGACAUCUCUAUUGGAGGGCAGUGUAUCUGUUAUGGCCACGCCACAGAGUGCCAGAGGCAAGGAAACUCAGAUAACCUGGCCUGUGUUUGCCAGCACAACACAUGUGGGAGUAACUGUGAAAUCUGCUGUCCCCUCUACAACAACAAGCCCUGGGUCCGUGGAGGAGGCAACGGCAACAACCGAGUAAUUACCUAUGAUGUCAACUGUGAAGAGUGUAACUGCCAUGGCCAUGCCAACUCCUGUGUGUACAACGAGACUGUGGAUGCCCUCGGUCUGUCCCUCAACAUGCAGGGAGAGAAGAAAGGGGGCGGAGUCUGCAUCGACUGCAAUGAUUUCACCACGGGUGUCAACUGUGAGCGAUGCAUGCCCGGGUAUUUCCGCCCCUGGGGCGUGCCCCACAACUCGCCCCGCCCCUGUCGGCCAUGCAGCUGUGAGGAAUCUAUUGGCAAUACUGGCAUCUGUAUUGAAGAUGAUAGUAGAGUCGGCGAUGGACUGAUGCCAGGUUCAUGUAUCUGCCGGGAAGGGUUUGCGGGUCAGAGCUGUGACAGAUGUGCAGCUGGUUACCAUAGCUAUCCUCAUUGUGAGCCCUGCUCUUGUUCUGUAAAAGGAACUGUGGAUCCCAACAUGUGUGAGGGGAGGUGUGUCUGCAAGGAGAACGUUGCUGGUGAGAAAUGUGACCGGUGUGAGCAGGGUUACUAUGACCUGAGUGCGGAGAAUGCACAGGGAUGCAGACAAUGCUUCUGUUUCGGCGUCUCUACCGUUUGCCAGAGUGCCGGCCUUGGGCUCGUACAGAUUACAGACAUGAGAGGUGAAAUGGAUGGCUGGACUAUCAUCACGGUUAACGAUGAAUGGUUCACUUACUUCCCGACGCCAGUUGCUGGAGGAUGGCUCGAGUAUCGCACCUUUCCUGCACGUGACCAGAACUACGUUGACCCAGACGGAGCUUCGGAGGAGGUUAUUUACUACUGGCAGUCUCCUGUGAAAUAUUACGGGAAUCGGCUUGCCUCCUAUGGUGGGUCUCUACAUUACACAAUGAAGUUUACCAUCGAUGAGUCCGCCCCAGUUCAGAACCACAUGGCUGAGGCGGAUGUCAUACUUCAGGGAGGAAACAUCACCAUCACCAAUGGUCGCAACUACAUCCGGGAAAAUCAAGAGAACAAGAAAAGUAUCAUACUGGAGGAGACGGAGUGGUAUAAGUUAGAUAGCGAGAAUGGUCGUUAUAUCUCUUCCCAACAUGUGACCAAAAAGGAGUUCAUGUUACUGCUGUUUGACCUACAAAGAAUUCUCAUUCGAGCUACACAUCACACUGCUCAGGAUAAUGUCAUGUUAAAGGAGGUUCUGUUAGACACAUCCAAUGCUGGUUCCACCAACGAGGUGACCAUGUCAGGUGUGGAGAAAUGCUCCUGUCCACGAGGCUACACCGGACUGUCUUGUGAGAGUUGUGACAUUGGCUGGCGUAGACUGAACAAUGUCUUGUAUGGUGGUCAGUGUAUUCCAUGUGAGUGCUACGGUCACUCCAAGACCUGUGACCCUUAUACUGGACGAUGCUUGAUGUGCACAGACAACACCGAAGGUUUCAACUGCGAGGUCUGCAAAGUUGGUUUCCAUGGUGACCCAACCAAGGGAAAUCCUGACGACUGCAAGCCCUGUGCCUGCCCGCUCUUGGAGUCCAGUAACAACUUUGCGACCACCUGUGCCUCCUCGCCCAAGUUUGAUGACCCUGGGGCAUUUGUGUGCCUCGAUUGUGCUGUAGGCUAUACUGGAGAAAGAUGUGAAAGAUGUGACACAGGUUACUAUGGUUAUCCCGGUCUCCUUGGCGAGUACUGCAAGGAGUGCCAGUGUAAUGGCAACAUUGACCGCAACAUGCUUGGCAGUUGUGACCAGUUGACGGGAGAAUGUCGCAUCUGUCUACACAAUACAGAGGGGGAUGACUGCGGGAGAUGUCGGCUGGGGUAUUACGGGACCGCAAUGAACGGGGAUUGCACUUUGUGUAGCUGUGAUCCAUUUGGUUCCCUGGACAUGACAUGUGACCGGGACACAGGAUACUGCAAGUGUAAGGAACACUACACCGGGCGCCAGUGUGACCGCUGUGAGGAUGGAUUCACCUCUGUCAAUGAAAACUACUGGGGUCUUGAAUCGGGCCAGGGGUGCAAGCCAUGCGACUGUGAUCCGAUUGGCUCAUACUUUCAACAGUGUGACAGUAUCAUGGGUCAGUGUCGGUGUAAACAUGGCGUCACAGGGAAGAAAUGUGACAUCUGCGUGGAAGGAUUCUAUGGUCUCGUGUCCAAAGGGGAGUGUCUUGAAUGCAAGCCGUGUGAUAAGCCUGGUCAUGUGUGUGAUAUGGACACGGGGGAGUGUGUAUGCCCGCCCAACACUGAGGGAGAACGGUGUGAACGAUGUAUCAACACAUACUGGGGGUAUGACCCUAGGUUUGGUUGUAAGGCCUGUGGCUGUGACAAAGACGGUUCAUUGGACAACAACUGUGAUCCUCUCACUGGCCAGUGUGCCUGCGCCGCUGACUACACCGGCCUCUACUGUGACGAGUGCCUGUUUGGCUUCUACAACUUUCCUGACUGUAGCCUGUGCCUCUGCUCUGUGGAGGGGACAGAGCCGGAAAGCUGCUCCUCAUCUGGGGCAUGUAGCUGCCAGGAACCUGAGGGACAAUGCCAGUGCAAGUCAAACACAAUGGGUCGUACGUGUCAACAGUGUAUGGAGAAUUCUUUCUCCCUGGACCUUCACAAUCCCGAUGGCUGCACAGAUUGCUUCUGUUUUGGCCGAGCUGAAUCCUGUGAACAGGCGAGAUACGUGUGGAUAAAGUCUGAGCUCCCAGACCAGUCUGUGACGUUCAGUAACCGAGCCAAUACCAUGGUUCUACGCCAGCCCAGUGGCUUCCAUGUGAUCCCAGACAAUGUGACUUGGACUAGAGUUAUAGACACCCAGGGGGACCCUGUGUAUUGGAAAGUACCUGGUUUAACUGGGGACAUGACCCUGUCAUACAAUGGGGAGUUGUUUUUCACGGUAGAGCACACCAACCAUGGCGAUGACUUCAGUGAUAUGGAGGCGCUGGUGGAUAAACCGCUGGUAGUGAUUGUGGGAUAUGGAUUUCCCAUCAUGUUCAGAUCAGAGGUCCAGUGGAAGCCGGAUGAAGGUAUGCAGUUCAGUGUGCGUCUACACGAGCACUACUGGCGUACGUCUCGUAAUGCAGAAGUGGGACGUAAACUAAUGAUGGUCAUACUGAAGAAUGUGACAGACAUUUACAUACGAGCAACCUGGGACAACACAGCUGUUGGAGCAAGGUUGAGUGAUAUAUCUCUUGACCAAGCUGUAGAUAAUGAACUACAACUGGGACGGCCAGCCCUUGGUAUCGAGAAAUGUGAAUGUCCACCAAAGUAUACAGGUCUAUCAUGCCAGGAUCCGGCGGAAGGAUAUUACCGUGUGCCCAACAUUGGAGAACUGGACUUCACAGACCUCACUGGUGUGAUAGGGGACGUGAGAAAGUGUGAAUGCAACGGUCACAGUGAAAGAUGCCACCCAGAAACCGGAGUCUGCUAUGACUGUGAUCACAACACAUCAGGCGACAACUGUGAUAUGUGUGCUGAUAGUUACUAUGGUAACGCAACACAAGGAACUGCCAAUGCCUGUCAACGAUGUGCUUGCCCACUUAAACGGAAGACAAACAAUUUCAGCCCAACCUGUGUGCUGGUGGAUAAUGACCUGGUUUGUACGGCCUGUGAGAUGGGCUACGACGGUACUAGAUGCCAAUAUUGUGCAGAGGGUUACUAUGGCGACCCCUCAACCCCUGGUGAGAAAUGCGAACCCUGUGGAUGUAACCCUGAAGGUUCAGUCACACCCCAGUGUGACUACAGGGGUGUGUGCGUUUGUCUGCCAGGCAUACAGGGUGAAAAGUGUGAUCAGUGUCAGCCCAGAUAUGCAGUGGAACAGGGACAGUGUGUGUCGUGUGAUGUGGGUUGUACCAGCGAGCUCAUGAUUGACAUGGAUGAGUUGGAAGCAAUGUUAAGAAGACUGAAAUUUGAUCCCUCCAAUGUCAAUAUCUCUGCUCCCAUCCGCAAGCUGAACCUCAUCAGGAACGAGACCAGAAUUCUGUCUGACCGUCUACAAAACCUUAAAUACGCUGAGGUUCUGAAUGUGCAAGAACAGUUGAAGAAUCUCACCGAUGAAGUGGAAAGUACUCAUAAAAGAUCUGAAGGAGCCAUCAUCAAGAGUAACCAGAACAAGAAUGACGGAGAGAAACUACUGAGGGACGCCACACAGAUCGAGGACACAAUCUCCCUUAGAGAGAUGGAUGUUAAAGGCCUGAUAGAUGACCUUGAAAAUAUAGUAGCUACAACAUUCCACAACCGCAGUGGAGUUAACGUGACAUCCUCGCUAAUAGAAGCACAACGAAUCCUCGAUGAUAUCAUGGCACGCAACUUUGACAAGAUGUCAAAAGAUGCAAGGAAAGAACAUGAUGAAGCAGAGCUACUUUCUGAGAGGAUCCAUGGCCACUUCCUGCAACUGACGAACACUUCUAGUGCUGAAGAGAGGGUGAACCAUGUCAGGGACGCUUUCCAGGACCUUCUGGAACACGUGGAGAAAAGUGUGGUAAAUUCUGAGGAGACACAGAAAAAAGUGAAGGAGCUGAGAAAAACACUGGACAGAACAAGGCAACACCUGAAUGACACAAAGGCCCUGAACAAGACACUGGGGAAAGACAUGGAAGGCCUUGCUAAACUGAUAGAAGAUGCUGAUGACAAUAUUGAUAUGGCUGAGGAAAAUGUGCUGAUGGUGGAAGAGAGAUUGAGCACUCUUGAAGCAGCCAUGGGUCCUCUCACAGAGAAGGAGAAACUGUUAAGAACAGAACUGCCAGAUGCUGCUACUCUUGUGGAUAAGGCAAAAGCCCAUGCUGAUAACCUAACCAAAAUUGCUGAGAACCUCGCCAGAACCUUUGACAGUACCAGGGAUGCUGCAGCGGACCCGAUGCGUGCUGCAAAUGUGUACAAUGACAUUGUGGCUGCCAUUAACGAGGCAGAGAUAGCUGCAAAGAAAGCAAAGGAUGAUGCAGAUAAUGCUACUUCUAUGAUGGACUUUGAUGAGUUGAAGCAGAAGGUUGCUGACUCCCUACAGAGGAGCAUGGACCUGCGAGACGAGGCCAGGGAGAUCACUGAUGUCGGCAUAGCAGGGCUGGAUGAUGACCUACUCCAGUUGAAUGACAAUUUGGAUGGUAUAAGUGACACUCAACUGGACAUUAUAGAGCGUCACCAAGAUAUCGCAGCAGAAAUUGAUGCCCUACCCACAGACACAGUGGAUCGUAUCGCCGAUGUUCAAUCCACCAUAGACAAAGCGGAGGAUACAGCAAACCGUGUCAGGAGCGAUACAGACAAGAUGGUGGACCGUGUGAACAAUGAGAUGAUGCCAAAACUGGAGGAACUGCAGGGAAUUGUGGGAGGAAAGUUUGAUGACAUCUACACCACAAUGGAUGGCACAAAACAAAAAAUAGACGAGUUGAAUAACCUGACCAAAGGGAUUGACACACGGAUAAGCCAAUCAUCACGAAUGAGGUCAGACCUGCGAGACAAACUCUCCAAGCUCAAACAAAGCAUACGGGAAGCUAGGGAAGAAGCUAACAAGGUAAAAACAUCACUGAGUGCUGACGGCAAAUGUGUCAAGAAAUUCCGCUCCAUGACCCAACCAGGGACGAUCAACUCGAUCAGCUUUGCAUUCAAGACGACCAAGCCCAACCAGGACAUGAUGAUGGUCCUGGUACAGAACCAAGGCAUCAGUGAGGGAGAUGAUGAGAAGGAGUUCCUUGCUGUUGAGUUGAGGGACGGCAAUGUACGGUUCUCCUGGAACGCAGGUGGAGGCGUUGGCUCGGUUACCGACAACAAGAAGGUUAUCUCAGAAACCUCCGUCAUCAAAGAGUCUGAGAAGUGGUACAAUGUCAAGGCUGAAAGAAUUGGAGGUCUGGGUCGACUGAUUGUUCACCGACUGUCUGAACCAGCAGGUGCGCCUCUAACCAACACCUCCAAGGUUGGAUUCUCCCUUAUGGCUCUGAGCGAACAGACAAACGUGUACGCGUCCGGGGUACCAGACUCUGUGGUCAUUGACAAGGUCUUGACGAAGAGGAAUUUCUCUGGCUGUAUGGGCAGCAUGUACAUUGACGAGACUCUGGUUGGUCUAUUUAACUUUGAGACGAACACCAUGGAUUCUUGUACAGCUUGUUUGGAAGUGCCUUCCCAGCCACCAGGUGCUAAUGUGUAUUUCUUUGACGGAAGUGGGUACGCAGUUACGAACAGGAACAGUAUCAAGUCAAACCUCGUGGCAAACAUUAUUUUCAACUUCAAAACAUACUGGGACAAUGCAUCAAUCUUCUUUGUUGGUAAUCCUGAAACUGGAGAGUACAUGGCUUUGGAACUGGAAAACGGCCAUGUUGUGUUUAAGUACUAUCUCGGCCAGGGAUCGCUCGGCCAACUUCAGACUGUGAUGAAGUACAACCGAAACCAGUGGGUCUCCGUCGCAGCCGCCCGGAGCGGACUGAUGGGCCUGUUGGAAGUAGGAACCGAACAAUUGAUAUCAGAGGGACCAAGGGGGGACACACUGUUAGAUGUGUCCAAGAAUGACCUGUACUAUGGCGGGAUACCCCCUUCUGUCAAUAUGGAUGUAUUCCAAAAGGCCUCUGGUGGGUUAGUGAGCUCCGAGCGUUUCCUGGGAUGUAUGAGUGGCCUUCAGAUUUCCGUUGAUUCUGUCAACCUGUGGGAGGGCAAGUCGACUGUUGGCGUGUCAGAGGGAUGCAGAGAAAGCGGCCUGCGUUCUAUUGGUUUCUAUGGGAGUGGGUUUGCGGAGUACCAAGGUGUAAGCAUGGUAGCCCAAGAGUCAGAUCUCUCCAUCUCAUUUUCAACAAUGGAGCCGGAUGCACUUCUCCUUCUUGCUAAGAAUGUUAAUGGAGAUAGCUUCUACUCCCUGGCAUUAAAGGGCGGUUUAGUUAUAGGUCAAUUCAAUGGAGGUGGUAAUAACCCUUUGAUGUUGUCCUCAACGGAGCGCUACAACGAUGGGAAAGUCCAUAAUGUGGCUGUUAGAAAGACUGACAGGAAACUGGAGUUGUAUGUAGAUGACACUAUGGUGGCAACAGACCGUCUACAAAGGCGCUUUUCAGAUAUAGCAGUGCGAGAGGACGGGGGAUUAUACCUUGGUGGCGUGCCAGAUGGACUUAAAGUGGAUGAUCAAGCUGCUACCUCGAAAUCUCUGGAUGGGUGUAUCUCGGAUGUGGUUAUAAAUAGAGUCAUCCUGAACAUCAACCAGCCCAAGCAGUACGACCGGGCCGAUAUAGGAAGGUGUGCCCAGAGGGGCGGAGCUAAUGACAAUGGUUUGCUUCUUCCUGAGGAACGGCUAGCUAGUGACGCGCCUGCUAAUAUCAGAAUGGCAGAAGAAAUCCCCCUGGCCCCUGUCAUAAAACCAACAAAGCAAAGCAAAACUAAGCCAGAAGAGAAAAUGGCGUCAGAUAUGGCUGUUCCUGCGACUGAAGGCCCCACCCCUUGUGCAAAGUUGGACAAUGAUUUCAAGUUUGAGACGGACGCUUUCACUUUUGGAGAAACGGAGGUCAGCUUCCAUCAAGUGAAUGUAAGCAGGAAGGAAAUUAGCAGAAAGUUUAGAAUCAGCCUAGAUUUCAGGACAUACUUCCAAAAUGGUGUCUUAUUCUACCUGUCUAACCGUGACCAUAAGCAAUUUCUCACGGCUCAGCUAGUGGAGGGAAACAUUCAGCUUGUAUACUCAAGAAAGGAUGAAGUUAAGGAAGUCAAACUUAAAACAGACGCAAGUCUUUCUGAUGGCCAAUGGCACAGUGUUGUGGUCGAUAAAAAAAAUCAACGCAUUUCCGUGUACGUGGAUGGGGAUGAGAAGCACGAGCGGGGUGGGAAGAUUGCCAAGGCUCUUAAGGUGGACCCUCCAUUGUUUGUUGGUGGAUUGCCAGACAACUUCUUGCCUCUUGUGAAUGACCAAGUUGUGGCAACCAGUAUGCGAGGGUGCUUGAGAAAUCUGCUGGUGGAGAAUGAUGUAAAGACAUUCAAGGAUUCAACCCUUGUCAGUGGCGUGGACAGGUGCUAUGCCAACGUCGAGAAGGGUGCUUACUUCAAUAAAUACGCUUAUGGAGUAUAUGCAAACAAUUUCAACAUCGGCUCAGACUUCAGCCUAGAAAUAGAGUUCAGAACCAGUCAACCGAAGGGAAUACUGACUGCCAUCACAAGCCAGAAUGGUAGAAACGCCAUGGGCCUGGAGCUUGUUAAUGGACAGGUCAAGUUCAAGGCCAUAAACCGAGGAGGGGAGAUAAGCAUCAAGUCUGAGUAUGGCCUGUGUGACAAUGUUUGGCACAAGGUCAAGGUCACCGUGAUGGAAAAUUCCAUCAGUCUGCAAGUAGAUGAUGGAGAGAUACUGAAAGAUUUCACAGCCAAUGAUGUGAAAAAUAUGAAAACAAAAUCUGCCCUUUAUAUUGGGGGUGUUCCAGACUCUGAAAGUCCAGAGGUGCUAUCAACAAACAAGAACUUCGAAGGAUGCUUGCGAAGUGUGAAAAUCAACAACUCGCCUCUGGACUGGUUCAACCUCGAAAGAUCCGUGGAAAUACAGAAAACUGCAUGUCCUGUAGCAUAGAUUUUAGAAUAUUACAAUUGUUGUUGUCGUUGAAUUUUUAGAAAUGUCAUGUUUUACAUGAUUUUAUUAAAUUACUGAAAAAUGGCAUUAGAAAUUAUUAAAAUGUCAUUUUGUUUCAACGGCCUUGAAUUAUAGUUUGUACAAUUGAUAAUUAAUUUUUCAUAAUUACUCAAUGAAAAAUGUAAUUUUUAUCAAUACAUAAAGACAUUUUAAUCUAGCUUAGAAAUCAAUAUUAAAUGAAGCAAUAAAUUUGUAAAAAUUGUGAAAUCAGUCAGGAAUUGUAGUCAAUGUAUGUUCAACUGUACAAACUAGUAGUUACAAUACGGGUCAACAUUUUCUUCAAAACAUCAGGUGUUUCGAUUGUGCAAUCACGUGACAUAAUUUUAAUGUUUUGUUGCUUGUAUAUGUAGAAUGAUGAAUUUAUGCAAACUUAUGAAAAGAAAAUAGUUUAAUUCACCACAAUUGUGUAUUAAAGCUGUCUUUCUUAAUUUUCGAUGACAGUCCUCGUGUAGUAAUUUUUGUCAAAUUCUUUGAGGAAUAUUUUUUUGUGUAAAACUAAAAGCAACAAAAUUUGAAUGGUUUUUGGAGUCUUGUGUAAUCCAUUGUUGUGUUUAGAGCUGAAUAUUUGCAUGUGUUGAUGCUUAACGUAUUUGAUAUUAUGUGCCAAAGUUCAGAUCUGUUUUGAUAUUUCGAUAUGUUAGGCUGCAUUUACAACCAUGAUUGUACAGUUGUUGUUUUUUAUAAAUGCUUUUCAUAUUUUAUAAAUUAUCAAAUCAUGUGUUAUAGCUGUAUUUUUAAGUGAGUGCUUAUCAAUUGUAUACUAAACAUAAAAUAUCAAUAAUUACACUAAGAUUUAGCAGGUACCAUCUUUAAAGUAAUGGUUAAAUUUUGUUAGUAUGUACCCAGUGGCAUAAACAUCUGUGUAAGUAUAUAUACAUAUACAAUCUUUAACUUUUUAGUGGUCUACAUAAUAGUUUGUAAACUACCAAAUAACUACUAAUUUUGUAAACUACCAAAUAACUAGGCCACCAACUGUUUAUAUCUACCACUUCAUUUGAUUUAAAUCAAUAUCAGCUGACUGCUGAUUUACUGAAAUAAAUAUAUUAGAAAACUUGAGAAAUACUGCCUUCUCAUUGGACAAAAAGAUACUGCCUUUUCAUUGGACAAAAAGAUACAGCCUUUUCAUUGGACAAAAAGAUACUGCCUUUUCAUUGGACAAAAAGAUAUUGCCUUUUCAUUGGACAAAAAGAUACGUUAACAAAGUUUUCUUUUCAAUUCAAACACAUGAAGAUGAUGAUAAUGAUGUACGUAUAUUUUAUGACACAUUAUUUAAUAGCUGAUCAUUUAAUGUUUUAAUUGGAUGUUUAAGCAUUUUAUAAAAAAGUAGAAUCAUACAGUUUGUAUUGUAGGAAAGUGAUCAUUAUAUUGAUAAGCUGUACUCAAUAAAUAUAGCAUAACAAAUUUAAUCUUUGACAUCCACAGUUAUUGGUCAGACAGCCAGAAGUGAUACAUUUUAGAUUCUUAUCCAGAUUUUAUUAAAAAAAAAGAAACGUGGCAUUAAAUUAUAUAUAUUUUUUUAAUAUUGAAGCUUUGACUAUGUUUAAACAUUUGGUGUUAUUUUGCUGAAUUUAAAAACAUUCUUUUUAAGCUUUUUCUCAAAUGAUUAAAAAAAUCUCUGGGACACGAGAAUCUAAAAAAUAUUAUUUGGCCUAACAUGUAUGUCAUGUCCAAUAGAUGCGAGUUACAUGUAUGUAACAGGAAUGAUAUAACAUUGUAGAUGUAUGUGUAUAUACCCCCUCUUCCAUUAAGUGCCAGUAGCAUGUAUAUUAUUGUACAUUGUGGUUCUCUAAAUGUUCAAACAAAUUGAAAACAUUGUGAAUUGAUUUACCCACUGAAAAAAAAUCAAGUUCAGCACUGUAGUUAAAAUUUCUUCAGAAAAGCAAUGGAGAAGAAAUUUAAGAUUAUAACAUUAUAAUAUUCUGAAGAAUAAUAUUGUGGUUUACACCAUACCAAAUUGUUUGUAUGUUUGGUGUCCUCUGACAUAGUUUGUUGGCUUCCUGAUAUAAAUAAAAAAAAUUAAUCCUUUUACUAUAAUUUUGACUACAGAACACCAUCAUAAACAAUAUGCUUCAUAAUUAUGUUGUACUAGUAUUCUUGGCAUUUUAUAUAAAAAAGAAAUGAUGCACAAUGAUCAACACAUUUAAAUGGUUUUGUUUUAACAAAAUUAGCAGCGGAAAUCUAUAUAACACUUAAGAAUUGUCAAGAAUUUACUAAGGAGGCUCUGGUGUCUGAAUUGUACAUAGGAUUUCACUCAUUUAGUUAUGUUUUUUAUCUGGGGUUGGUUUUUUUCCGGAUAGCAAGAUAGGUUUUCAUUCUAAGGGUUGAUGUUAAACAUAAAAACAAUCUGGUAUGGCCUUUAUUCCUAUUUGAUAAAACGCUAGCCUUUAUUUCUUGAAGUUAUUUCCAAAACAAAAUCUUGCAAAUAUGAAAUGGAUCAUUGUUUAUAUGCUUAAUUAUUGAAAAAACAUGAGUAAUUUUAAAAAUUGUUUUAGGAAUUUUAUAUUUGCAAGCAUUUAUCCACUUUGUACAAUAAGGAAAUUUAUUCUAUUUUAUUGUGAUAUUUAUGUGUAUAUAGUAAUAUUAUUAAUUUUGAUAACUAGUUAUUUUAUAUAUUGGUGUACAUAAUAUUUUAAUACAGCUUUUACAAAAUCAUUUUGUUGCUAUUCAUUAUUUUUAUUAAAUAAAAAAAAUACAAAUGUGUAGAGACAACCCUUUUAAUUUACACUGUCUUUAAAAGCUUAUUUGUUAAAUCUCUCUUCUUAAAAGCUAUUGUAUAUUGUGAAUAAACUAUUGUUGUACAUGUAUUUUAGAUAAAUAUUAUGUUUUAGCAACUGCAUGAAGAAUUUUAAAGUGGUAACGUA